AUGGCGUUAUUCCUGUUGUUCGAGUCGUCGUCAGGCUACGGCCUGUUUGAGGUGAAGGCGCUGGACGAGUUGGCGCAGAGCUCGGACGCCGUGCAGGCGUCCGUGGCGGAUCUGACGCGCUUCAGCCAGGUCGUCAACCUCUCCGCAUUCAAGCCCUUCAGCUCAGCGGCAGACGCGCUUGAGCAAUGCAACGCCGUCUCUGAAGGGCUGCUGACCCCGGAGCUGCAGAGCUUUCUGGAGAUGAAUCUGCCCAAGGCGAAGGGCAAGGCGGGCAAGAAGGGGUCGUACCAGCUGGGCGUGUCGGAGUCGAAGCUCGGCUCCGCCAUUCAGGAGGCGGCGGGCGUGCCGUGCGUCAGCAACGACCUCGUCAUGGAGCUCAUGCGCGGCGUGCGCCUGCACUUCGCGCGGUUCGUGAAGGAGCUGAAGGAGGGCGACGUGGCGAAGGCGGCGCUGGGGUUGGGGCACAGCUACAGCCGCAGCAAGGUGAAGUUCAACGUGAACCGCGUCGACAACAUGAUCAUCCAGGCCAUCUCGCUGCUCGACACGCUCGAUAAAGACGUCAACACCUUCUGCAUGCGCGUCAGGGAGUGGUACUCGUGGCAUUUCCCCGAGCUCGCGCGCAUCGUGACGGACAACUACACGUACGCGCGCGUGGCGCGGCGCGUGAAGGAUAAGGCGACGUUGACGGAGGAGGCAUUAGCGGAGUUGACGGAGAUCAUCGGCGACGAGGACAAGGCGCAGGAGGUGCUCGACGCCGCCAAGGCCAGCAUGGGCCAGGACAUCUCACCAAUCGAUCUGAUCAACAUAGAGGCAUUUGCGUCACGCGUGGUGGCGCUGGUGGAGUACCGGCGGUCGCUGCACUCGUACCUGACGGCGAAGAUGGCGGACGUGGCGCCGAACCUGGCGGCGCUGAUCGGCGAGAUGGUGGGCGCGCGCCUCAUCUCGCACGCGGGCAGCCUCACCAACCUCGCCAAGUACCCCGCCAGCACCGUGCAGAUCCUCGGCGCCGAGAAGGCGCUCUUCAGGGCGCUGAAGACGAAGGGCAACACGCCCAAGUACGGGCUGAUCUUCCACUCGUCGUUCAUCGGGCGCGCGUCCGCCAAGAACAAGGGGCGCAUCAGCCGCUACCUCGCCAACAAGUGCUCCAUGGCCUCACGCAUCGACUGCUUCUCAGAGGCAUCCACGAGUGUGUUUGGGGAGAAGUUGAAGCAGCAGGUGGAGGACCGCCUUGAGUUUUACGACAAGGGAGUGGCGCCCAAGCGCAACCUGGAUGUCAUGAAGGCCGCCAUCUCCGCCGCCAAGGCCCAGGCUCAGGCCGAUGCUGACGUCGGCUCCAAGCGCCCUGCAGAGGGAGAGGCAGCAGCAGGGGGGGCGGCGGAGGGGACACCAAAGAAGAAGAAGAAAAAGGCAGCGGCAGAGGCGGAUGGGGAGACGCCAGGCAGUGGCAAGAAGAGCAAGAAGAAGGCCAAGGAUGCGGCCGCAGGGGAGGCAGCAGCCAGUGCUGAGAAACCAAACAAGAAAAACAAGGCCGCUGCCACAUAG